AUGAUUCGGCACACUCUGUUGCUUCUAGCAACUUUACUCGCCCUAUUCUCCCUUGCUCCAGGAGAGGAGACACCAACCUACACCGGAACUGCUAUUAAAGAAGCGUACACUGUUCCACCGGAUGCAGAUAUUGGUCAGAAUAUCAUUCCCAAUAUCCUUGACUCCAAAGCUAUCAACCCCCAAUCUGUUUGCCCAGGCUACAAAGUUUCGAAUGUGAAGAACACUACCAAUGGCUUCCUUGCGGAUCUCGACCUAGCCGGCAAAGCUUGCGAUGUCUAUGGCACCGAUAUCCAGGCGUUGAGCCUACUUGUCGAAUUUCAGGCGGAAGACCGACUGCACGUCGAAAUUACGCCUCGUUAUAUCGGCUCUGAGAACUACACCUGGUUCAUCCUCCCCGAAGAGUUAAUCCCGAAACCCCAGGUCGAAGGAAAUCCUGAUAGUUACAUUUCGAAUAGUGACCUUCUCUUCACCUGGGUCAAUGAACCUACCUUCUCAUUCCAAGUCUCUAGAAAGAGCAAUGGUGAUGUCUUGUUCAAUACGACAGGGUCUGAGCUAGUCUUCGAGAAUCAAUUCAUUGAGUUUGGUUCAUCGUUGCCUGAGAACUACAACCUCUAUGGUCUUGGCGAGGUUAUUCACGGCUUCAGACUCGGGAAUAAUAUCACGAGAACCUUCUUCGCAGCAGACGUAGGGGAUAUCAUAGAUGCCAAUAUCUAUGGAAACCAUCCCAUAUACCUCGAUACUCGUUACUUCGAAGUGGACAAGGAUACUCAAGAGCUGAAGUACGCCUCAGACGCUACGGAUAAGUCAGCUGAGUAUAAGUCAUAUACUCAUGGCGUCUUCCAGCGUAACGCUCAUACCCAAGAGGUUUUGCUCCGAGAAUCUAACAUCACUUGGAGAGCGCUUGGCGGCAAUAUCGAUCUCUACUUCUAUGAAGGACCCACCCAAGACAGCGUGACCAAGUCAUACCAAAAGAGUGCUAUUGGACUCCCUGCAAUGCAACAGUAUUGGACCUUUGGCUACCAUCAAUGUCGAUGGGGCUAUAAUAACUGGUCUGAAGUUGAGAGCGUCGUUGACAACUUUGCCAAAUUUGAGAUUCCUCUCGAAACGAUCUGGACCGAUAUUGAUUACAUGAAUGCAUACCGAGACUUUGAGAAUGAUGAGAACCGUUUUGGUUACGCCGAAGGAGCCAAAUUCCUACAGCGCAUUCAUGAGCAAAAUAUGCAUUACGUGCCUAUAAUCGACUCUGCUAUAUACGCGCCAGACCCCACGAAUGUCAGCGACGCAUAUCCACCAUUCGAUCGCGGUAUUGAACAAGAUGCCUUCUUACUGAAUCCAAAUGGAUCCAUCUAUGUCGGAGCCGUUUGGCCUGGCUACACCGUUUUCCCUGAUUGGAUCGGUGCUCUAUUCAAUGACACCGGAGCUAACCAAUGGUGGGCGCGUGAGAUUCAAGGAUAUCACUACAAGAUCGAUUUUGAUGGUAUAUGGAUUGAUAUGUCAGAAGUAUCAUCCUUCUGCGUGGGCAGCUGCGGUAGUAACGCACUGGAACUCAAUCCCGCCCAUCCUCCAAUCGUACUCCCAGGGGAACCUGGAAACGAGGUGGCUCAGUACCCGGAAGGGUUUGAGUUAACCAAUGCUACUGAAGCUGCAUCCGCAUCUGCGGUGCUAAGUUCCAUGGCGGCUACGGCGACACCAUCUUCGACCACGGUUUCGUACCUUCGAAGCACACCAACUCCAGGUGUUCGUAACAUCAACUGGCCACCGUAUGCUGUCAACAACUACAAUGGCGAUCUUGCCGUCCAUGCUGUUAGUCCUAAUGCGACUCACCAUGGCGGUAUUCUGGAAUACGAUGUCCAUAACUUAUUUGGACAUCAAAUUCUAAACGCCACGUACCACGCUCUUUUAGGAGUCUUUCCCACGAAGCGGCCGUUCAUCAUAGGAAGAUCGCAGUUCGCAGGUUCCGGGAAAUGGGCUGGUCACUGGGGUGGUGACAACUAUUCCCUCUGGGCGUACAUGUUCUUCUCUAUCCCGCAAGCUCUGUCGUUCUCCCUUUUCGGUAUCCCCAUGUUUGGCGUCGAUACUUGCGGAUUUGCUGACAAUUCCGAUAUGGAACUCUGCUCUCGCUGGAUGCAGCUAUCGGCAUUCUUCCCGUUUUACCGAAACCACAAUACCCUAGGAGCAGCUAGCCAGGAACCUUACAUCUGGUCUGCCGUAGCGGACGCCUCAAAGGCCGCGAUGAAGAUCCGAUAUACACUGCUCCCUUACAUCUACACGACUUUCUAUCUCAGCCAUUCAACUGGCUCAACGACCAUGCGUGCUUUAGCCUGGGAAUUCCCCGGUGAGCCGUGGUUGGCUAACGCUGAUAGGCAAUUUCUUCUAGGCGACUCGAUCUUAGUCACCCCUUGCUUGGUUCAAGGCGCUACGACUGUCGAUGGAGUCUUCCCCGGUGUGGGAUCCGGCACGAUCUGGUACGACUGGUAUAACAAAACAGCGAUUACCGGGGUCACGGCUGGACAGAACGUUACCAUCGACGCACCUCUUGGUCACAUCCCAGUCUAUGUACGGGGCGGCAAAGUGAUACCAACGCAACAGCCUGGUUUGACUACCACGGCGGUCAGAGAGAGUCCCUGGGGCCUCAUUGUCGCCUUAGAUAGCACUGGCCAAUCUGCUGGUGGUCUUUACCUGGAUGACGGCGAGAGCCUUGUACCGAAUGCCACAUCAUGGAUUGAGUUCGUCGUCAAAAAUUCGACGUUAAGCGCCAGCCCAAGUGGCAAUUACCCGGACCCGAAUCCUCUAGCCAAUGUGACGGUUUUGGGAACUCAAGGCCCUAUUUCGAAAGUGCAACUGAACGGUCAGGAAGUGCAUAGUAGUGCAUGGAACCUGGAGACCUCGGGCAAUGUCCUGACUAUUACGGGUCUCGAUUCGUUCACGGCGAAAGGUGCUUGGAGUGAAGAAUGGACACUUAGCUGGUCUUAA